AUUUAGGGUUGUCACAUGACAAUUUAUAUAGGCUCAUAUUGAGUGACAAACAACAGUGCCACAUAUUACGUUUCCUAUCACUUACAUUGUAGGGGAGAGGAAGACCGAUGCCCACGCCAAAAGUGAAACCACCGAGAUUAAGGCAACACAGUCACCAUGUGUUUUUCGCCCAUCACGAGGAGGAGGACUACCUCAUUACGCCCGUCGUUGACGUCCUGGAAAAAAUUGGCUUCACAUGUAACCACUCCGGGGCCUGCGUCCCCGGCGGGUGGGUCGUCGAGUUUAAUCACGCAUCCAUCGAGCAGGCCAAAAGAGUCGUCUUCUGCCUGAGUCCCGACUUUUGGGGAAACCCAUUGUGCCUGAACCUGUUGCAGCACGCUCUGUGCGUUAGGAACCUGAAAAACCUGAGGAGUAUUCAAGUGGAACGUUGCAAAGUUCCAGAAAACUGAAAAAAACUUCAGGCUGAUCUAGGCAACAUUUACCGUGACCCUACUGGUACUGUCCAGAGAUUGGUAUGGUUUUUGAGGAAGCCUAGUAAAGGUCCGUUGCUAUGGAGACAGACCAGAAGAGCCGUGAGAAGCACGGCGAAACGUGCUAUCUGCAGCGACAUGAGGAAGCACGGCGCCGCCAGCCAACUUUCCAGAAGCAUCGAAAUGGCGUCCUACUCCAAGGUAGCGGAACUCAAAGUCACAUGCCCUCAUUCACCAUGCGUGUUCAGUGGCACUGUCAGGGAGAUGGUUAUCCACGAGAGUGUUUGCGAUCACGUGCAGAUAUCAUGCCCUCACCCUCAGUGUAGCCAGAGUGGACCCAGAGCAGCUCUCCGUGAACAUAUCAAAACAUGCCCGUUAAAAACACAACACCAGACGCCAACGACCAACAGACGAGAGAGUAAAGCAGGAAAGAGUUUGGUGAAGUGGAUCACGUCGCUUUUCAAAGCUAAGCCCGUCAAAGAAAACGACCUUCCCUUCAAAGCCAACCAGCAGUGUCCUGAUUUCGUCCCCGUAGUCUGCACCAACCCGGGAUGCAAGGAGCUGGUCCUACCCAGCCAGUUGGAGAGACACCUCUCCGUGUGCAAGUUUGCCACGGUCACGUGUCCGUACAAGUCUCUGGUCUGUCCCCAUGAUCUCCUUCAUCGCUGGGAGCUGGUGGAGCACGUGGAGAGGUGUGAGUAUGCCUCGUACCACUGCAUCUGUGGGGAGACGAUUCUGAGGAAGAGUAUCAAGAACCACGAGCCCCUUUGCUCUGCCAGGUAUACCACGUGCCCAGCGUGCAGUAGCAGAGUGGAAAGACAUGACAUUCGACAUCACAAACGGUUCCAGUGCCCCAAGACCCCGGUGUUUUGCGAGCACUGUUGCUCGUGGGUCACUGCAGGAAAAUACCAGGAACACAUACGAACGCAGCAAGUAGUCUCAGAAAACAAGCAAUCAUGUAUAUCUGAAGAAGACAUCGGUGUUGAAUAUAACGGACCAUCUGCAGACAAAAUUCACCAACUCGUCGGAAGUUUUAAGUCCGAAGCUGCCAUAAGGGAGGGUCGUUUCUUCGACAGCGGAUCAUAUGUUCCCUGGUCUGAAUUAGAAGAAUCUCUAAGCAUUCAGAAUUGGAAGAAGUCACCAACAAAACAAGUGAGACGAGGCAAUUAUACUGGGACACCAUCAGUAAAGACGGGACACAUUAGAACACCAUCAACAAAGACGGGACUGACUGGAACACCACCAGUAAAGACAGGACACAUUAGAACACCAUCAACAAAGACGGGACUGACUGGGACACCAUCAGUAAAGACAGGACACAUUAGAACACCAUCAACAAAGACGGGACUGACUGGAGCACCAUCAGUAAAGACAGGACACAUUAGAACACCAUCAACAAAGACGGGACUGACUGGGACACCAUCAGUAAAGACAGAACCGACGGGGACACCACGAGUAAAUACGGGACUGAGUGGGACACAACCAUUUAGUACAGAAUCGACUGGGACACAACCAGCUAAGGCAGAACCGACUAGGACACCACGAGUAAAGACGGGACUGAAUGGGACACAACCAUUUAGUACAGAAUCGACUGGAACACAACCAGCUAAGACAGAACCGACUAGGAUACCACCAGUUAGGACAGAAUCGAGUGGGACACAACCAGCUAUAGCAGAACCGACUGGGACACCACGAGUAAAGACGGGACUGAGUGGGACAUCACCAUUUAGUACAGAAUUGACUGGGACACAACCAGCUAAGGCAGAACCGACUAGGACACCACGAGUAAAGACGGGACUGAAUGGGACACAACCAUUUAGUACAGAAUCGACUGGAACACAACCAGCUAAGACAGAACCGACUAGGAUACCACCAGUUAGGACAGAAUCGAGUGGGACACAACCAGCUAUAGCAGAACCGACUGGGACACCACGAGUAAAGACGGGACUGAGUGGGACAUCACCAUUUAGUACAGAAUUGACUGGGACACAACCAGCUAAGGCAGAACCGACUAGGACACCACGAGUAAAGACGGGACUGAAUGGGACACAACCAUUUAGUACAGAAUCGACUGGAACACAACCAGCUAAGACAGAACCGACUAGGAUACCACCAGUUAGGACAGAAUCGAGUGGGACACAACCAGCUAUAGCAGAACCGACUGGGACACCACGAGUAAAGACGGGACUGAGUGGGACAUCACCAUUUAGUACAGAAUUGACUGGGACACAACCAGCUAAGGCAGAACCGACUGAGACACCACGAGUAAAUACGGGACUGAGUGGGACACAACCAUUUAGUACAGAAUCGACUGGGACACAACCAGCUAAGGCAGAACCGAAUGGGACACCACGAGUAAAGACGGGACUGAGUGGGACACCACCAAUAAAGACGGGAUCGAAUGGGACACCACCAGUAAGGGCAAGAUUGCAGACUGAAGUGACCCGAAAAGCAACAUCAGGUCUUGCUGUUGACGAUAAACAACGUGAAAAACAAGUGGACAGCAAUACUUUUGAAACGAAAUCUACCACACUAGAGGGCACAUUUGGCGAACCAGGUGGUAAGAACAAGCAAGGCCGUGCCACCAAAGAGAACCUCCUUCGAGGUGAUAGUGAACAAAGUCGUGGAGUUAACGAGGCAGUUACUUUAGGAAUGCGCCGUCCGGUCAGCGAGAAUACCCAGCAAAAGAAUGAUGAGUCUAGCAGAUCAAUGUGGACCUUUAUAAAGGCCUUUUUGAAGUGGAAACCAAGGCCUAAAGUGGUGGAGUUGUGCCCCUUUAAUUUGGAAGAUCUCGUCCAUCGCCUUUGUGUUGAAAGCUUGACUACCGAAAAAGAGAAGACGGAUUUCAGAGACUAUGCUAGACAACUCGCCGUCUACAAACAGUCGCCGAACAACGCCCUCUAUCGUGCCAUUGAGGUCUGGAAUAGUGGGUUAUUCGGGAUAAUUCAGGAGGUUGCCAAGUCUUUCCAUGCAGGAUGCAUUACAUCAGACAGAGACUGUCUUUCUAUCAUCCGUGAUAAGUACUAUGAUAAGUUGAAAAGGUCACGAAAUACGGAAAGAAACGGCCCUGGUGCCCUUCCAGCCAACAUGACCGGUCCUCCGCCGCGCAAGAUUGCUGAAGCAUUGUUCUUUAAAACGCUGUGAUAAGUUGAAAGUGGUCGUAAAUCUACGGCUGUUACAAUCAAAGUCAAGCGUCUAAUGACAUUACAUAUAUUUUAAAAGAGCAGCGUGUUUUUUUCAUAAUUAUUAUUGAAAGCUGCCCUCUAUAAACCAAGGACAUCCUUGCAUUAACCGAGCUCUCCGAAAAUGUCAUGGAUUUUGAGAACCACCGGAAUUCAAUUCAGCAUCACUCUUUACGGUUAUAGUUGGACCAUCGUAAUUUGAGGACGUGACGGAUAAGAACUGCUUUUAUUUCCUGUAAGGUCAACAGAACAGAGGGUUCAUAAUUAUUAAGCACAUUACACAUUGUAUACUGUAUACAGACAUGACUUCUGUCAGCCAGAGUUUCUUGUGCCUGGUUUUGCAUUUCGACAAGAGGCAAGUGAUCGAACCCAAGUACUGAAUGUUCUACGAUACCACGAUUUUUUUUUUUUUUUUUUUUU